AUGCCAGUGUUAUGGGAAGCUAUCUUUAUUUUCAUGGUCCAUUCCGCAGCAGUAUCUUCAGAUCAGCAUCGUGGUGAGGUUUGCCGAGGCAACAGGGAUGAGUUCGGUUUCGCCUUAGUUGGGCAUGACUACAAAAGUUCUUACGCUGACAACGUUGGUCGUUGCUUCUUCUUGUGUAGCUCUGACGAAAGGUGCGAAAGCGCGACGUUCUUCUGGAACACUAAGGACUGCAAAAUGAACAGAGAGACAAAGGCCUCGAGGCCAGCAGACUUCGUGAAAAAUCCAUCUGCUACUUAUAUUGAAAACUAUUUCCGAGGUAAUGUAAAUUAUAGACUGAAAUAGGUAGUAGAAUACCACGCACUAUUAUGCACUAAUUCUAUCGUCUUCUUUUGUUUACUAGUAGCUAUUUUGCAGUAGUUGUUAGCUUCUGUUUCACUGGUUUAGUAAAAUCAUUCUUCUAGCUGAAAAACUAGGUUACUCAGAUUUAAAGAGAAUUAAAGAAAAAAUGAUAUUUGACUUUUCUAUGACCGUCAAUCCUUCAUUAUUAUUAUUAUUAUUAUUAUUAUUAUUAUUAUUAUGAAUUUUUUUUGAUGGAUUUCCUUAGCUAAGAAAGGUUCAACAUCCUUGACGCCAGGCUCCUCCUGCAAAGACAUUCUGAUAAGCGGUGACGCUCAGGGGGAUGGAAAGUACUGGAUGGACCCUGCAGUCUCAGGGGACCCCUUCAUAGUCUUUUGUGACAUGACUACUGCCGGAGGUAAGAGCUGAUCUUUGGAGAAUGACUUAAAUGUGUACGUGUGCGUGUGCGCAUUUUUUCCACAAACAUUUAUGAUCGUGCCUCCAACUAACAAAUACUUUCAUUGUUUUGAAAAAUAUUUUUAUCAGGCCUUCUCGCCAGAUUAAUUUUUUGGUUAUAUUCUAGGUGACUUUAUGCUUUACUUAUGUAGUGUUGUCCUCCUUCUCCUUUCCGUCUUUUUUUUCUUGUAUGUGGUUCAAAUAAAGUUGUUGCUGUUCUCAGGGGCGGAUCCAGGAUUUUUUUUAGGAGGGGGUGCACUCGUCUCUUCCAAUAAACCACAUAGUUUUUUUUUUUGCAGAAUACCAGUUGUAUUAGAAAACCGCAAGUCAUCUCAGGGGGGGGGGGGGGGGCGCACCCCCUGCACCCUCCCCCUAGAUCCGCCCCUGGUUCUCAAGUACUGAUCAGUACUCAUAGGCCGGAGCUAGACGAAACGUAAACCGUAUUUAGGGAGCUUAAGCAACAACGACGGCGACGGCUUCGAAAACCUCACUUAAAACCCGACGACAGGGAUGCUCGUCGGAAAUUUUGACGUAAACCGUAAUUAGGGUGGCUUAAGGAAAUUUUGACCCCUUAAAGAGACCGCUUAAAACACACAAAAUACGACAUGCAAUGAGUUUUAUUGAUAACGACGGCGACGGUUUCUUCGAAAAACGAGACCUCAAAAUAUUGGCGCUUUGCCCGAACACCCUAAGCGAGACGAAAAUCCAAAAUUUAAAAAGUCCCCGAAUUCACGAUUGUUCCAUCUCGUUUAAUUCGUCAAUUGUUGGCAAAGUUGUUGUCUUGUGUUCCCGUCCUCGACAAAACGUGAAAUUAGGCACUUUCACGUCGUAGUCGUGCAACGACGGCUACGAAUUGUACAAUAAAAAGGGUGAUGUACGCGUAAAGUUGUUGUUUUGCUAAUCUAAACCUGUUUCUUUUUUGCCGUUCUCGUUGCCGACGCUGUCAUCUUUAAAUGUGUUCUAACACGGGAAUCAAGGGCCGGGGUAUCAAUCGAUUGAUACGUUUCUACAAGAGAGUUGCUAGCUAAUUUUUCCCCAUUUUUUUGUUAAUAUUUCAGGUGGAUGGCUUCUCGUAUCCCGUUUUGUCAUGAAAGCACAGGAUUCGUUCCUUGAUAAUAGAGUCGAGUCAAAUUCUUACAGAACAAUCCUCCCCAAUUUUAACUCUAACAAACAAUUCUUGCUCAGGAAUGGCUUCAGUCAGUUGAAACAAGAUACGGGUUUUACUCAGAUACGGUUCUAUUGUUUCAAGAAGACAACAGGUCGAGUGUUUCACAUUAUGACUAACAACGAUGCUAAAGGAAGUGCCGUGCUCACGUUUUUUACCUCCUCUGAUAACCAGGCCGAAGCUUGUGGCUCUUUUACGCGGCUUGCUGACGACAACUCUACCUUAGCGGCGAGAUGCGACAAAUGGGGUUUCCCCAGUUAUGAUACAUGGGGUCACACAUUACACCUUAGUGACCUUCGCCUUUUUGACAAGCCUGCCGUAUGGAGAAACACAAUACGUGUUCGGUUUGCUAGUGAUGCCGCCGGUGAAUAUGACUGCGAUGGGGACGGUGGUAGCCUGUCGUUGGGUGAUACGUGGCAGGUUUUUGUACGAUAA